AUCGGCACAGUGACUCAUGAUCCAGCAUUCAAACAUCAAGCAGCAGCACAAUCCUCUCUCUGCGUCUCAAGAUUAAAAUCAACCAGACAAUGGAUCAGUUCAUAGAUGAUUUCCAUAAAAAUCUCCGUAAGGAAGUAUCUGGCCUGAGAGCCACUUCCAUUGUGUAUUGUGAUUUCAUACUGUAUUUCUGCCUCAUCGCCUCUCGUGCUGGAACUGACAUUGAUGCUGCAAUCAACAAUCUUAAAGAAGUUGCAGCUGACAAACAAGUUAUUAUUGCUGUGCUUUAUCCUACAAAUGACCCUGAGAAAACCAUACCAGACACCAACAAUGCUAUAAAGAAAGAGAAUACAUAUUUUGUGGACUUUCUGUUCAACGAGGAUGAAGGGUUCAUGAAUUGUCAGAAGAAUAAAGAUGCAAUCAAGAAACUUGCGAGGUACAUCAAGUCCAAGAAUCUGACUUCAUAUUACUUGCAAAAUUUUGCAAGUACACACUCAUAUCAGGAUGAAGAACAGAUACCCUUAAACCCAGGAGGACAACAAGAUAAAUCCGGUGGAAUUGUAGCUUUUUUCAGAAAAUAUAGUAUUGCUAUUGCUUUUGGUGGUUUUGUCAUUUUCGGCACUAUUGCUGGGUUAAUCCUAUGGUAUUCUUUUGGAUACUAGCUAAUUAAAUGAAUACAGAAAUGACUCUAAAAAAUAAUGUUUUAUGAAAAAAGACAGCUGUGAAUGCCAGAAGACCAUAAUUACAGCAGCUUAUUUUCAGCUUUUACAGAUUUAACUUUAACAACAAACCACCAUAAUUCACUAACUCAUAACUUAUUUGAAUGCUACAUAUAAAAGUCACAAACAGCUAUACUUACCAUUAUGGUAAAACACAACAUUGUUUUCUACAAUAUUACAUGUAGCAUAAAACACUUUACGUAAAUGAUGAGAAAAACUAAAAAGGAAGUCAGUAAAUGGAACUGAUUUUUACUGCAGCAUUUUUACAGCACCUUGCAGUUAAAACACAGCCAUUGUGAAUUUCAGUAGUAAUUGUUACUAAGCUUCAUAUAAUACACAGCAUGAAGAGGGUUAAACUGAAGUGUGUUUUUGUGAUACACUCUCAGAAAAAAAAGGUACAAUGUUGUACCAAAGAAAGUACAAACCCUUGUCACUGGGGCAGUACUUUUUUUGGAACAGAAUUGUACCUUAAGACAAAGAAACAAAUUUGUACCAUUGCAGUUUGUACCUUUUAAGAUAAUGAUUUGUACCAUGGCAAACCAAAAUGUACCUUUGGUUUUUAAAACCUGCAUAUUCAAUAUUGUACCUUCAUCAAAGGUACAAAUGAGAUUCAUGAAGGUACCACUACAGUGACAAGACACUUUGUACCUUAACAGUGUCAAAUGUGUUCCUUCAAGAACUAUUUAAAGGCAUUUUG